GACCAACAGCCUGCUGGAGCUGCGGCGCACCCGCCAUUUUGCGCCGGGCUAACCGCAGGCAGCAGCCAGCGACUCCCACCAUUUCGGGGACAGCGCCGCUCCCCUCUGCCGAGAGGGAAGGGCCCGACCUGGCCCCGCCCGCCGCCGGGCUGGUCCUGGGCCCGGCCGCGCCCUCCGCCCCGCCCACUCAGGUAUCAGGUGAAACUGGCCGGGAGUGUGGGCGGAGUGGCGGCGGCCGGAGCGCGGUGAGAUGGCUGCGCACCGCGGGUUGUGCCCGGUGCUGCUGUUCUGUGUGCUGCUGCGAGCUGCCGCCACUGCUGAAGAGAAUGAUGGCUCCAGCAAACCAAAAGGAAGAAGUUUCAUUGGCUAUAAGGUUCCAAAUGCAAAUAAUUCUGAAGAGUUAUACGAGGUGGAUGACUUUGUAGCAGAAGUCCUCACAGGAAAGCUGACUACAGUUUUUAUUCCCAUUGUUUAUAUACUUGUCUUUAUAAUUGGCUUGCCAAGCAAUGCCAUGGCCCUCUGGGUCUUUUUUUUCCGAACAAAGAAGAAACAUCCAGCUGUGAUUUAUAUGGUUAACUUGGCAUUGGCAGACCUUCUUUUUGUUGUCUGGUUCCCACUGAAGAUUUCAUACCAUCUAAAUGGCAAUAACUGGCUAUUUGGUGAAGGUCUCUGCAAAGUAUUUGUUGGGUUUUUCUAUGGAAAUAUGUACUGUUCCAUCCUUUUCAUGACAUGUCUCAGUGUACAACGGUAUUGGGUUGUAGUGAACCCCAUAGUGAAUUCAAAAAAGAAAUCAGAAAUUGCUUUGGGCAUCUCCAUUGCUAUCUGGAUACUGAUUUUGUUGGGCAACAUACCAUUGUAUCUUGUUAAUCAGACAGCAUAUAUUUCAAAUCUUAACAUCACAACCUGCCAUGAUGUGUUGCCUGAAAAUGUUUCAGCUCAUGAUAUGUUCAGUUAUUUCCUCUCGCUUGCAAUUGGACUCUUCUUAAUCCCGGCUAUCAUCACUGCUGUUGCAUACAUUCUAAUGAUUAAGACCCUGAGCGCUUCCAUCAUAGAUGUAAGCACUGGGAAGAAACGAAAAAGAGCAAUCAAACUCAUUCUUGUUGUCCUGUCCAUGUAUCUCAUCUGUUUUACACCUAGCAAUGUGCUGAUUAUUGUGCACUAUUCGCUUCUCAAAGCCUACAGCCAGAGCCAUCUGUAUGUGUGGUACAUAACUGCACUGUGUCUUUCUGCUUUGAAUAGUGGUAUCGAUCCAUUCAUCUACUAUUAUAUUUCAAAAGACUUCAGAGACAACCUUAAAUAUGCUCUUCUUUGCCGAAGUGUGCGAACUACACAGAGGAUGCAAGUGUCUCUCUCAUCAAGCAAGUACCUCAAGAAAUCAAAUUCUUACUCUUCAAACUCAAGUAGGACCAAUAAAUCUACCUACUGAGUUUAAUCUUAGAAAAGUGAACUUUUGUUAUUACUGAUGAAAGGAUGUGAGUGACAAUAGACUUUGUACAAGAGACUCUGAAGAAACACCUCUGCAUUUUAAUUACAUUGAAGUCUGGUAUUUGGAACUGACAGUUGCUUAUUUUAUGUAGAAAUUAUAAGCAGAUAAAUCUUCCUGGGAAACUGGGGAAAAAAAAGAAGACAUUUCAGAUGCUGUGCAAAAAUGCUGCUGACCUAGAAGUGAGGCUGAAGACAUUCUUGUUGAAUAUAAAAGUUGCUAAAAAGCAAAAUGUCUCUGGAAUAUUAUACAGUAUUGCUAGUAUUUUUAAUUGCCAGAAAAAUCUGUUUUGUUUAACUGUAAUCUAUUAAGCAUCUGAACAGAUUGUGUGUGUAGGACCUUGCUCUGUGUACCUGCUUACACUGAACAUCAUUUGAAGCUGUAGAGAGAAGUAGAAGAGAAUCCACUUCACCAUCUUGGAUUAGAUUGCUUAUUAUCUUUGCUAUAAUAUAAUUUAUAUAUUGUUUUCCAAGUUACUGUGCUGUAAAUACUAACAUAGCAAAAACCUAUAAUGUUAUCCUAUUUGAGUUGACAAGCUGAUCUUAUCAGCUAGCACUGGGAUAAAAUGUUUGUGAGAUUAUCCACUGUUACUUAACAUUUGCCAGUACAUGAUCUUAUAUGGGGAUAUACAACAAAGUUUUGAUGGAUAGGUAUUUGAUUUUAUAAAAUGUGCCUUGUAUUUUUUAAGACAUCUAAAUAAGAUUUUUUGUUUUUGUAACACAUAUGAGUUGAGUGCUCUCUUUUAUUCUUUUACAUGCACUUCGAAAGUAGUUCAACUUGGCUAGUUCAGCUUGCCUGGUUUCACAUAACAAAGAUAAUAUUCCUAACAAUUGUUACAAGCAUGACAACUGUAGAUGUAAUGUGUAAAUGGGUAGAGUAAAAUUUACCAAAUGACACGUUUUUUUGGUGAGCAAUGAAAGUAGGAUGUUUUGUGAUAGUAUUUCAGAGGGCCUAGCUAAAAUAGCAAUGUAUAUUAACAUACGUCUCAUUAAGGAGUGGAGAGUUACUCCAGCUCUAGAUGACAUGGAACACAAAUUCUUCUUGGACAUAAAAAAAUUUCUCUUCCUGUUUUCUGACAAGUGCAGGGAAAUAAUUGCAUAUUUAUUACUGAACUGAAGGUGUUAGCACCCUUACUGGAAAAUGAAUGUACAUAAGAGACCACAGUUCACUGGAAGAAUUUGAAAUUGAUGGAGUUACACUGUCUUCACAAAAGGCUCUCUGAAUUCUUACCAUAGUCUGUUCCCUUUAUCAUGCUAAGCAGUAUGCUUCCUGGUCUACAUGCAGUAGUGAGUAAUACGAAGAAAGGGCAUCCAGUUCAUGUACUUACAGACCUACCUGGUCAUGCUCUGUCAAGAGUACGAAGGUUAUAGGUUGUAUGUUGUAAAGAUGAUAGAUUGGCAGUGUGUGUCUGGAUAAUACCAGAA